AUGAUAGUGGUGGUGAUGGUAGCGGAUGUAGUGGUUGUGGUGGGUGAUACUAGUGGUGGUGGCGAUGACGAUAAUGGUGUUGGCGGCGACGACAACAGUGGUAGUGGUCGCGGUGGAGGUGGGGGUGGUGGUGGCGGCGAUGACUCUUGUGGCGGUGGUGGUGGUGGUGGUGGUGGUGGUGGUGGCAGCGGUGGUGACAAUAGUGGUGAUGGCGGUAAUGGUGGUAGUGAUACUGGUGGCGGUGGCGGUGGUGGUGAUGGAGGCGGGAGUUGUUGGUGGCGGGUGAUAGUAGUGGUGGUGACAGUGGCAGUGGUGGUAGUGGUGGUGGUUGGUAGCAGUAAUGGUGGGUGUUGGUUUUCUGAUAAGUAA